GCUGCUCCUCCGGCUUCAGCAACUUCAGCACUUCUACCACUUCUACCACUUCUAUCAUCAGUAGCCCUUCUUCAAAAUGCCUUCAAGUUGCAAAGACCAAAGAUAUAAAAUGGCAAUAUGCUUGCAGAGAUCCCCCUGUGUUUUAAUUGAACGACACACCCCCAAGGAAUGUGUUCAGAACCAGGAAUUGUUGAAAACACUUCCCUCUAUAUGUCUAGCUCAAAUGAAGGAGUUUAUGGACUGCAAAAGAGGCAUAAUCGAUAAAUCGAAACGGUUCACUGGUAAUGGACCCUUAUCUAGUGGUAAAUACGAUGAACACUUUGAAAAUUUUUCAAAGGGUAAUUUGGAUCCAGUAGAGGAAUACCACAAAUUGAAAUACUUGGAGAAAUUGAACAGUGGUGAAUCAACUCUAACGAAAUCAACUGAAAGAAGUUUGCAGCCUUAAUAACUAAUCUCGACCCGAACAAUUCCCUUUUUCUUUAAAAUUUCAAUCAUUGUAAAUAUAUAGCCAAAAUACAUAUUAAAUAGCAAUCUGCAACUCUCGACUCUCGGC